AUGGCGUCAACAGAUGAGCUGAAAAGAGUUUUGAAAGACACUUUGGAAAAUCAAGGCGUUCUUGGACAGAUUCGUGCACGAAUAAGAGCAGAGGUUUUCAAUGCUUUAGAUGAUCAGACAGAGCCAAGGCCAACACUCUCCAACGAAAACAUGCUCAUAAAUGAGCUUAUAAGGGAAUAUCUAGAAUUCAACAACUACAYAUACACUUUGUCUGUUUUGAUGACAGAAACUGGUCAACCYCAAGAUAGAAUUGAUAGAAAUUAUCUGAGCCAAGAGUUGAAUAUCUCUGAGGACCAUGCAACAGCUUCUARCCCUCUUUUAUAUGGGAUGAUGGCACAUUUCCUGCAGAGACAAAAUAGAGRAUCUUCUAUACCAGGAAGAAAAGGCAAUCCWGUUCAAGAAAACAAUCAAAGAACAAGGCACAGCCGAGCAGUUCGAGAUUUAAGUGAUCCAAGCGACCAUCACCAACCUGGUGCAUUUGUUAUUAGAGGUCCAAGGAGAUAAAUAUGAACGAGACCACAUUCUAUACAUCCUUAAAUUCACAGAUUAGAGUAAAUCAUUGUAUGACCUUGUCCUAACAGUAAACAGCACUCUAAGAAUGUGAUGACAUGAACAACACUGACGCAGCAAUUAUAAGAAAUCUUCAUAAUUACAAUGAUUAUUUGGUAAAAGAAGAACUUUCAUUUUACACAAUGGGUCUUUCACUCAGCAAAAACCCUGCUAUGUGGUUUAGGCUUGAAUUUCUCACAUACUGAAAUUUGAGAUGACUUCAAUAAAUGAUGAUUUUGGUGUG